AUACGACCGGCGGCAGCAGCAACAGCAUCAUCAUCGUCGGGUUCAACCUGCGCCUGCGCCCGGGCUAGUGCCACUCCUCCUCGGCGAUUGCGAGCGUGUCGCCCGUACGGUUGUUGCUGCCGCUGUUGAAUAAAAUAAUAAAGAAAAAAAAAAAAUACAACAAUUCUUUCACGAGGAACUUGAGCACAACAGAAGAUUCAGUAACACCGCGGACUAGGUACGGAGCGGAGCGACGAGCGAAACUCGCUACAGAGGAGUAACGGCUCGACUUGUUGCAAUUAAGACCAGGUGCUCGGUGAUCGGUGCGUCUUGACCCAGUCGGCUCAGCGUAGUAGUCGUAAUCUAACGCGCGUUCGAUCGAACCGCAUUUUUUAUCGAAUCGGCGAACGGUGUUGCGACGGGCGGUAUGGAAUCCUAAGUCGUGUCUUUGUGCAUUUUAGUGACUGCGCGGGAGCUACGUUUGGUCGAGCGAAUCCGCAUCCUCUUUCGACCGGAACUUUGCAGCAUCGACGCGGGGCAGGACCUCCUCCUCGUGACCUUUGGGGCAUCGCGAGAGUCGCACUGCAAACAAAACGCAAAGUUCGAUCGGCAAAGUGCAGCGAUUCCCAUUCCAUAUCCACGCUAUUUCCGCAGCCGGUUGAGGCAGGUCGUCGCUGAGAUGGGCCGCGUCUUCGCGGUUCCCCAAGUGCUUCUGGGCCACUGAUUCCUCGAUAUUCGGGAUUCCUGAACGGUUUCACGAUCACCGAGAUUUCGGAAACGCCGAAGGAUCGAGAAGCUGUGAAAAAAAAAAAAAUGGGCCAGGCGUGGUGCAAGGAGAGGACCACAAAGGCCCAAGACUCCAAGUCACCGUUGGACAGAGUCUUCGUCAGAUGUGCUCAUCAGAUAUACCCGACUCUGAAACAGGAUGGUUCAGUUUUGGGUGGCGCUACACAACGAGUAACGAGUUCGGAAAUCGGUUACGCCGGUUCACCGCCGAGGGAAGUUCUCGCUCGCGGUCAGAGCGUCGAUUCCAUCGACAGGCCUUUUCAUCCCAGCGAAUGGGUCGACGUCAACUUGGAAGUUCCGAGCGUACCGAGUUCUGCAAUAUCGAAUCGCACCGCUGACACGAACGUCUAUUCCUCGACGACGUUUCCUUCCUCAGACAACGGACGGUUGACCUCGGCUCUGAAUUUGAAGAAUAAUAUCACGCCGAUACCGCCUCCGAGACGACGCCGAAAGAAUCGGGGACGUCCGCUGCCCCCGAAACCCUACGAGAUUAUCGAGACCCACGGUAACGGAACCCCGGCGAAAUCGUCGAAGAAAAUUGAGCCGCUUUACUCUUCGGUAAAGUCGCCGAGAAGUAAAGAAAACAAAUCGGGGGAUAGAAAUUCCGAGGGUAAAACUCCGGCCGUUGAAAAUGACGCUGACAAAAAGGAGGAUAGCGACGAAAAAGAGGGGGGGAAAAAUGACGGCGAGGGUAACGAGGAGGGAGAAAAUAACGGGAACAAGGUAAACGUCGCAAAUGGAAGGAUUCUGCCUACUAUUGACGUCACGGAGAGUGAAGAACCCGAGAAGUGUUUUAAUCAGAAGAGCAACAAGAACGGGGACGAAAGCGAGAGCGGGACGACCGAUAAGAAGGACGAGGAUUACGAGAAGUUUUCCAAGAGCCGGGAGAUUCUGAGUUCCUCAACUCCGAACGGGCCGUCGAAGGUAAAUUCCGAGUCGCAACCCGCCCCACGCAAGGACCUCGGGGAGUCGGUGAACAGGACGGUAAUGGAAGAGGACGAUCUUCUCAAUAUCGUAUACCACAGGCCCAAGAAUUACAGCACCGUGAGUCUGCCGAAUUACGACGAACUCGAAGUGGUUAAAAAAGAGGUACAAAGGGCAGCGGACGAAGCGGACUCCGAACUAGUCACCCCUAAAAAACCGGACCGCGCCAGGCACGUCAGUACCAAUUCCCUGCCCAUCGCCGAGGAGCUUUUUUCCUCCCUUCCUCAGGGAGUGACCGAUCGUUUGGAAAAGUACAUGACGAGGUGUCGGAGUUUCGGAAGUUUGCAGUCGCACGAGAUUCUGGAUAAAAUCAAGUCGCAAGUUGAGGAGAACGCGAGUUCGGACGAGGACGACCAUUGGGGCGGACUGGACGAUUGGGACCUGGGGGUAGUUGAUUGCGAACCAAGCGACGGUCGGUCUCCCUUGGAACCGAAUUCUCGAUUAAGGGAGAGAAAGGAAGCAAAUUCGGCGCCGAUAUUCAAGAUAGGUGAAAGUGACGUGGUGACGACCAGGAAGGGCGAGUCGAGGACGGAGGUGGUAGUUUCCCCGGGGAAAAACGCGGACCUGUCCGCGGGCGAGAAUGAAGCUGGAAAAAAAGAUGCCGACGCGGCAGCGAAGGAUGAGAAAAAACCGUUGAACUUAUCCAUUCCUAGGAACGCCUCCUUCGAGGCACCGAAGUCACCGAAUUCACUGAAAUCCGCCCUGAAAGCUGAGGCCAAAAGGAAAAUUUCUAUGCCCGUCAAACUCGCGUCGGAAAAACCCAGCCAUCCGCUCGAGGACUGGUUCUCCGGUCAGGAAAGGUCCGUGAGAUUCUUCGACGUUCCCAAAGUCGAGGAGGAGUACGCGAACACUCCCGGUCACAGACCUUCCAAACCGCCGUUGGAAAAGAAAGCGGAAGCCGAAUACGACGAUCGAAGCUACCCCUUCAACUCCACGUCCACGGCGCCCCUGAACAUCGACACUUUUUUCGGGGCUGACGAAGACUUCGGCGGAGCCCCCAUCACGAAUUCCAACGAGUCGCGAACUCCGAAAAGCCUGACGCGUUCUCUGUCCAACGAAAGCGAGCCGUUCGACGGCUACGAAUCCAAAGAGUUAACUCUUGGUGUUGGAAUUAAUUCCCAGAGCGCUCGACUGACGAGAACGAUAUCGGACGAAUCCAUUCCACCGGACAUGGCCGGGGACGAUUCCUCCAGCGAAAGAAACAGCCUGAAUUCCAAAAACGGUGCGGAUACCGCGAAGGGAUCGAGGGAGUCGAAGACACCGCCGCCCAGUCCGGAACCCAAAAUACGCGCGGAAAUUUUCGGUACGGAAAAUUUAGCCGGAGCGAGACCGACGAGUUUGAAAAUUCAGAGGGACUUCGACGACGCCGGAAGUAACGUCAGUUCCAUGACUCCGAGUUUGACCGAACUCGAAGCCGCGCUGUCCGACAUGCUGGAAAGGGACGAUCAGGAGGAACAACGAUCCGUCGACGAUCACGUCGAUGAUUCCAAGGAUUCGAAUCUCACGCAUUCGGAGUCCGCGAUAUUUUCCACCCCCGAGGAUAAGCCGAUCGAGCCGAAAAUUCUGCAAAAAUCUCCCGAAGAAUUAAUAGCGCCGGGAAACAACGGGAACGUCUUCGUUCGUCGUAGAAAAGAGAACGCGAAGAUCAGCUUGGGGCAGAUUUUGGACAGUUCCAGCGGAACUCCUGGCUCGAAUAAAUCCGAAUCUUUCGGUGUUGAAAUCGUGAAAAGCGUGGGGAAAAACCCCUUCGAAGACGACGAUUACGAGAUCGGUGAAUCGCUGCCGCGAACCGCGACCCGCGGCGUGAAUCCAUUCGACGACGAACCGCCGGAGAAACCGAGUCGUCUUCACAAGACGUCGGAUAACGUCGACGUCCCUACGCCACCGCAGCGAAAAAAUAAACACGGUGCCACGAGUCCGACGAGCAAAAGCGGCACACCCGACCUCAACGAUAGCGAAUUUCCCAUCGGGGACGCGUCGCCGCAUCCGAAUGACAGAUUGAUUUGAGGGUUUGUUGAAAUUUGCAAAAAUAUUUCCAGGCGACGAUACGAAUUUUAACGACUAAACUUCGUAGACUAAUAUCUCGAGGGGUUGUAAUAUUAUUGUAACAUAGUGUAUGUAUAUCGUUAGAUGAACGGGAGGAUAAGGAAGACGACGUACGUGCGAGGUGCUUUGAUACUGUAAAACAGAGGAACAUAUGCCAACGUUGAUGUAAUAAAAAAUGUAAUAUAUUGCCAA